AUGUCUGGAAAGGUUCACAAGAACGAUGCGGGUUUCGAAAAUGAUUACGGAGAUUUUAGCAAAUUCAAAAAAGUUUAUCCACCGCCGAUGGCAUUCCACGAAUGGAUCUACCUUCAAUACAUUCUGGUUUCCGGAAUUUACAUGCUUGAGCCAUGGGAGAGAAAACUAUUCAAUUCGGCGAUCAUCAUAUUCAUCGCAAUAAUUUGCUUAAUCCUCCGUUACUUACUAUUCUAA